UUCCUUUCCUUGUCGUUCGGUGUUUGUGAACAGUGCUAGGGUUUUAAGUGUGUUUGAAUAGAUGUGAAGAUCCGUUAGAUUUGUAGUGCGAACUGAUUUCCCCGAAACUGCCACCGAAGACGUUAAAAUCACGAGGCUUCGCGCGUUCAAAAUGUGACUUUCCAUCGAACCACCCAAGAUGCGUCGCCCAAAAUCACCAUCGACAGCCAUCGGCGUUGGCAGAGUGGCGGAAACAAGUGAACCAUUGUGCGAGAACGCCGCCGACGAGAGUGACAAUAAAGAAAGGAAAUAUGACGAGCCAUCCCUCAGCCAGCGCAAGGGCUGCUAGGACGGCGUCGUGGUGAGCGUCUGGACGCUAUAUAACCGAGGGUGCCCUUAGACGGCCGCACAUAACGCGUCGCGACGUUGUGUCCAAUUCCUCCGCCGCAAAACUCACCACCUGUUAGGAUGAGUCUCUUCUCGCUCAUCGCCACUGUACUGGCAAGUCUGACGAUUACAGUGGUAGUGAUCAGUGGCCACCCAGGACCGUCCAGUUCCGUUUCCGCUUUUCCCCGCGACGGGGUGAGCCUCAAGCGGGCGCUUGGGUUGCAGCAACUUCGGCGAGAGCUUCCUGAGAGGGACCACCUGUCCUCCCCACUGCGAUCCAAGAGGACAGUCGAGCAUCAUAUUACUGAUUGUAUACACAUGACAUCGGAGGAAGGUGAUUUUUACCAUAAGGCGACUAUAGUAGAUGGCAAUGCCUGUGGAGCGUAUAUUUUUGGCGAACCCGAUCAAAUCAUUGAGAUUAGAUUCAAUUACCUGGACGUACCAUGCGAGAAUGGAGGUCUUGUGGCGGUAAUGGACGGUUGGGAGUUGAACGGUGAAUAUUUCCCCAGCCCCCGCGAUCACCCCAAACCCCUGAGUGCCAGAUUCAACGAAUUUUGCGGCCAGAGAAAAGUCAAACAGGCUUUUAUCAGCUCACAGAACGUGGCACUGAUACAGUAUCGGAUGCCUGCUAGGGGAUCGAGUUUCAGUUUUAGCGUCAGGUUCCUGAAAAAUCCCAAUCCUUGCAACGUGCUGUUCCAAACAAACGACAUCUACACGUUGAGGAACUACGGCAAAAGGGCCAACUGCAGCGUCAGCACCCUGUUCCCAGCAGCAAUCAACGUGGCUUCCUUGAACAUCGGGGUCACCCCCAGCAACGGAAGGGGUAUCGAAUUUGAAACGGGCACCAUCCACAAGGUGCGGUCAGAGUGCCAGAAACGAGGACUGGAUGACUACGUACAAAUAGGGGGUUCCCCUGGACUGGAUAAUGGAAAUAUGCAAGUGGCCGAUUCCCUGUGUGGGCUGGACUCGAAAGCAGGAAAACGUGUGGAGAAGAUAGCCUGUGACACCACAACAGUUCGACUUGUAUCUUCAGGAGCAUUUGACAAUUCAGUUACUAUUUACUUCAGGCAGCUAACGGAAGAUGACAUCAGUGGUUAUAUGAAUGUCGUCUGUCUUACAGAAGACAUGAUAGAAAAAUAAUUUGAUGUGACCUUAUGGAAGUCCUACAUUCCACCCAGGUUCCAAAAAGGAUGCACCGCAGCAUAAAGACUUGAAAGUAUUAUCAGCAAACUUAAAAUAAUUGUCAAACCGUAGGUACUAUAACUGUAAAAUAUUGAAUAAAUUAGAAAUACUUUAUGUGUGUACAAAAAUUCGAAUAAAAGUUUCAACGAA